AUGUUUAGUUUCGGUGGAUUAGGUGAUGCUGGAAUGGAUGCUUAUCGUGGCGCAUUUCGAGAUGCAUAUAAUAGUUCUUUGGCCAGUUAUGGUGGUGUCUCAAUUGGUGGCAUGAAUCCAUGUUUACCUCAUCUAUCAACUAUUCCAUUGCCACAACCUUGUCCAUUUCCAGUUUGCUCGACCCAAGUACAAUGUAUACCUGUACCUGUUGCACAGCCAUACCCUGUACCAUUUCCUAUACUCAUCGAACUUGUUUAUAUACCAAUCUGUAUUCCUGUUCCUCAACUAGUUCCACGACUGUGUCCUGUGCCAGUACCGCAACUUUGUCCAGUUCCUGUUCCCGUUUUUGGUCUUCCUCAAUAA